AUGUCGUCCGCCUUCGAACCCUCCAUGUCCUUAUCGUCGAGUCUGAGCGGCCGCCAGCCCAUGUCGGCGACGGCACCGUCCAUGGCGGACUCGCUGCCCAGCAUCAACUUCGGCUUCGACGAGCUGCGUGACCGCAUGGCCAAGUUCACCGCCAAGUUCGACGCCUUCAUCGAACAGGGGCGGAAGCGCGUCCUCGAGGAGCGCAACCAGUUCCGCAUGAACAUUGCCGAAUUACAGGAGGACCAGCGUAUGAAGAAGAAGGACAUGGAGAUCCUGCAGCACCGGACGAGCACGCACGAGCAGAUGGUAUCGAAGGAGGCGGCGGAGACGCGGGAGAUGCAGGCGGCAAUCGCGGCGCUGACGGCGCAGCGGGACCGGAACCAGGCGGCGCGGGACGCGCUGCGGCAGCAGAUCGCGGAGACGCAGAAGGAGAUCGACGCGCGGCUGGCGGCGCAGCGGGCGCACGCGCAGUACGUCGAGGCGCAGGCGCGCUUCAACGUGCCCGAACUCGACUUCUGGAUGCAGAACCUGUGCCUCAAGAUCGAGGGCGCCGGCCAGACCGACCGCCUCAAGUUCGUCUACUCCCACAUCGACGACAAGGCCUGGGACCGCGAGGCCUGGUUCGAGCUCAGCACCGCCUCGCGCGACUACGACGUGCGCCACUGCCGCCCCAAGCUCGAGCGCGAGAAGAUCAACCGCGUCCUCGAGCGCGUCAACGAGACGAGGGACCUGACUAUGCUGCUCAAGAGCAUGAGGGAGUUGUUCGUCGAGGUCAUGAAGUCAUAG